AAAACCAGAUAUCUUAACCAGGAAAAACAACAAUUUUUGUUUAUUGGGCUUAGGCCAUUGUAUGGAUCAGUCUAAACAAACAACGAAAUUUGGAGACGAGCCGGACCUCCUGUUCAAGCGAGCGCAGGGCCGGAUUAGUCUGAUCAGUGCUGGAGUGGGAGCCACCGCUGCCCAAGCGCAAGCACCUUUGAACUCAAACGCCAACGCAACGCGCCAAGUCGCCAACAUUCAACUAGAAGCCACCCUCAAUGACUGCGAAAGUGGCUAUGUGCCCACCGUGGGCCGCUGGGGCGCCGAAUGGCCGAGUUGACUCGCCGCUGCCGCCAGUCUACAGGAUGGAGGAGCUGCUCCGCAAGGAGAGCUCCCGGAGGAGGCCGCCGCUGCUGGCGGGACCGCUGUCGCUGGAGCGGCACAGGAGCGGGACCAGCAGCUGGCGGAUGCUGUGCGCGGAAUGGGAUUGACUACGCGAUCCGCCGCCGCACCUGAACGAGCUGGAACUGCAUCCGGAACGGGCGCCAUCCGGCGAACACCCUCCACCUCCUCCAGCGAGGAUGACUACGAGGAUGAGGAGCUGGUGCAGCCGCAACCAACCGACCUGACAUCGGUGGAUGCUCCGGAGCGAUACUCCGACGUCCGGCAGCUGCUGGCCCGUCAGCCAGUUCAGCCGCUGGAGGGGAUCACUGGAUCCGGCUGGGUCGUUGGCGAUGGCUACGACCUAGAGGCCUUCAACCAGGGCAACGGAGUCUGGCCCUUGGGCCAUCCGCUGCCGCUGCCCGACUGGUCCAGUGGCGGGAAGAGCACUCUGGUCUUUGACAACGUCUGGCAGUAUGAGGAGCUCAACGGAAUCGUGGAGACGACGCUCCAAAGGAUGUUGGAGGAGACCCACUACAACACGGUCAACCUCUUUGUGGACUUUUACCGCAGCUUCAAGCGCACCCGUCGCUCCGACCUGCGCAGCUUCUUCCAGUUCUACGACGUGCCCAUCAACCGACGCCACCACAUGUGCGUCUCCCUGGCCUUUGAGAUCAUGGCCCGGAUGGUGCAACUCUUUCCGGUUCUGGCCAACUACCUGUACGUGGUGUCCUGCGAGGAGCAGGUGAUGGACUGCCACGACUACGUCCAGUUGGACGAGGAGUGUGGCCUGAAUUCGGUGGAUGCUGGUGUGGAGAAGGAGCACGUGAUGGUGGCCAUGCGCAUUGCCAUCGGGGAGCGAAGGGGUGUGAUGAUAUUGGAUCCGGGCUACCACGUCAGCCGAGCGGUGACCGUCAUGCAGGAUCAGAGCUAUCCACACACGGGCUGGUUCACCCAAUCCAAGGAGCCCCACUUGCAGCGGGACUACUGCUAUGCCUAUAGUCAGCAAAACAACAAGUUCGUGGAGUGGAAGGAGCGUGAGAUCCGCGGCGAGGACACCAGUUUCAAAACCUCGCUCGUCUACGUGGCCCAGGAGUACAUCACGGCCAUUGAUGUGACUGUGCGCCGUAAUCUGGUGUACAACUUCCGAUCCUUGCUCUCCCGAGACGCCAAGGGCCAGGUCUACGCCGGUAUCUACUUCCCACUGGUGGCCAAUGUCCAGGAAUCCUAUCUGACCCUCUUCUACGAUGGACCCAAUGAGCAGAGGGUGCGGACAAAGCUCUUGUUUAGCGCCUUCAAAGUGGGCAAAGGAAAGCUGCCGGACUACAUUGGACAACACUUGACCCGCUUGGCCCCUCAGCUGAAGAUGCCCUUGCAGGAGCUGACGGACCUGUGCAAGUCCCUGGCCGAGGUGGUCACCGACCAGAACUUUAUUGGUCAAGUGCUGGCCAUCAACAGCGACAUCGGCAACAUGUCCGUGGAGAAUUGACAGUCAAAGGAGCCUAAGGAUGUCGCUGCAACGUCCGGAGGGACGAUCGAGGACGAGACGAUCACAAAGCGGGAGUUAAAAGACACUGACAAUGCAGCUGCAACUUAGAGUUCCGAAUUUUUCUCAAUAUACUUUGUCCUUUCCACACUAAUAUUCUUUUAAUAGCACUUAGGCACCUACUACACACGGAUCAAAUUAUUUCAAUUUAGUAAUAUAUACGUAUAUAUAUUAUACCACUUCUCUACACACACACACACCAAACACACACUAUAUUGUAAUCCCAAUUCAAUGAUUUAACCGAAACUGAAACUUUAAUCAAGAAAACCAAAAACGGCGCCAAGUAUAGACUUCGAUUAUCGCUUAGAUUCAGCUUCUGUUUAUUUCCACUAAGUAUAAACUUAUCAAUAUAUGCGCAAAACUAUAUAAUGGCAAAAAUUAGUUAAUAACUGGUGUCAAGGCAAAAACAUAAAUUGUAAUUGUUGUAUGAACAGACUUUUGUUGUAACACUUACUUGCACUGUACGAUUUCGGUUCAAUAAAUAAAUCAGCUAGCAAAGAAA